CGCAGCCCGAGGAGGAUGGAGCCGUCGCUGCUGGCCGUCCCGAAACUUCGGAGCCCCGCGGGCCGAGAGCGCGGAGCCGGCCCCCGGCGCCUCCCUCACGUCCUCCUCAGAGCGAGCUGGGGCAGCCGCCCGGAGGCCCCGAAGCACGGGCCGUGGGCUGCAGCGAGAGCGAGCGGCUCGAACGAAGGGCAGGAUCAAGGGGAAAAGGAGAACCCCAUGCGGGAGCUGCGCAUCCGCAAGCUCUGCCUCAACAUCUGCGUCGGGGAGAGCGGGGACCGACUGACGCGGGCAGCCAAGGUCCUGGAGCAGCUCACGGGCCAGACCCCGGUCUUCUCCAAAGCCAGAUACACCGUCAGGUCCUUUGGCAUCAGGAGAAAUGAAAAGAUUGCUGUCCACUGCACAGUCCGUGGGGCCAAGGCAGAAGAAAUCUUGGAGAAAGGUCUAAAGGUGCGAGAGUAUGAAUUACGAAAAAAUAACUUCUCAGAUACUGGAAACUUUGGUUUUGGGAUCCAGGAACACAUCGAUCUGGGGAUCAAAUAUGACCCAAGCAUUGGUAUCUACGGCCUGGACUUCUAUGUGGUGCUGGGUAGGCCAGGUUUCAGCAUCGCAGACAAGAAACGCAGGACAGGCUGCAUUGGGGCCAAACACAGAAUCAGCAAAGAGGAGGCCAUGCGCUGGUUCCAGCAGAAGUAUGAUGGCAUCAUCCUUCCUGGCAAAUAAAUUCCCGUUUCUAUCCAAAAGGCCAAUAAAAUGUUUUCAGUGAAAUGUA